GCUCCGCGCACCUCGCACCGGCACCGGCUCCGCUCGCUCCCCGGCGCCGGGGCCCGCCACCGCCCCCUCCCGCCGCCCCGCCCCGCCCGCCGGCGGCGCCGGGACCCGCCGCCCCGGCAUGAAGGUGCUCCGGCACAAGAUCGAGCUGCUGACAGGGCUGCUGCUGCAGGAGAUGACCAUGGCAGGGCUGCACGAGCUGCGCUUCACUGAGGAGAAGCCGCUGCUGCGGGGCCAGGAAGCCGAGCUGGAGAACUCGGAUGUCUUCCUCUCCACUGUGGACACGGACUGGAAGGAACAUGACAUUGAGACCCCCUAUGGGCUGCUGCACGUGGUCAUCCGGGGCUCACCCAAGGGAAAUCGCCCAGCCAUCCUGACGUACCACGACGUGGGCCUCAACCACAAGCUUUGCUUCAACACCUUCUUCAACUACGAGGACAUGCAGGAGAUCACGAAGCACUUUGUGGUGUGCCAUGUGGACGCGCCGGGUCAGCAGGCAGGAGCCUCGCAGUUCCCUCAGGGGUACCAGUACCCAUCCAUGGACCAGCUGGCUGCCAUGUUACCCAGCGUGGUGCAGCAUUUUGGGUUCAAGUACGUGAUCGGGAUUGGUGUUGGGGCAGGAGCCUACGUGCUGGCCAAGUUUGCGCUCAUCUUCCCCGACCUGGUUGAAGGACUGGUCCUCAUGAACAUUGACCCCAACGGCAAAGGCUGGAUUGACUGGGCAGCUGCCAAGCUCUCUGGCCUCACCAGCACGCUGCCGGACACCGUUCUGUCCCACUUGUUCAGCCAGGAAGAACUGGUGAACAACACGGAGCUGGUGCAGAGUUACCGGCAGCAGAUCGGCAGCGUGGUGAACCAGUUCAACCUCCAGCUCUUCCUCAACAUGUACAACAGCCGCAGGGACCUGGACAUCAACCGGCCUGGGACUGUGCCCAACGCCAAGACACUGCGCUGCCCCGUGAUGCUGGUGGUUGGAGACAACGCGCCCGCUGAAGAGGGAGUGGUGGAGUGUAACUCCAAGCUGGAUCCCACCAACACCACCUUCCUGAAGAUGGCUGACUCCGGUGGGCUGCCCCAGGUCACACAGCCCGGCAAGCUGACUGAAGCCUUCAAGUACUUCCUGCAAGGCAUGGGCUACAUCGCCCACCUGAAGGAUCGGAGGCUGAGUGGAAGCACAGUGCCAUCUGCCAGCAUGACCCGCCUGGCGCGCUCCCGCACGGCCUCCCUCACCAGUGCCAGCUCAGUGGAUGGCACCCGCCCACGUGCCUGCACCCACUCGGAGAGCACCGAGGCCAUGGGGCAGAUCAACCACACCAUGGAGGUAUCGUGCUGAGGUCCACACCCGCUGCUGACGUCUCCUCCAGAGCCAUCUCCUGUCCAUCAGCAUCCCGCCAGCACCCACCCGCCCCAUGGACAUCCUCGACCAGGGCCCUCGCUCCUUCAGGGUUGAUUUGUCGUCUUUGCCAUUGGCCUCAUCCCCUUGUCUGGUACCGGAGGAGGAAAUGGGUUUUGCUUCACUGCCUCCUGGCUUCAUCCAGCAGUCACACAUGGUUCUGCAUUGGUCCUCACCCUCCCUAGCAUUGGUUUUGUCCUGGCUUGGGAGAAUGGGUGGCAGGGGGAUGGAGCCAGGAUGGGGGAGCAGGGGCAGGGUGGUGAGAUGGGGACAGGAUAGUGGAAUGGGGCAGGACAGCAGGCUCCAAGGACAUGGAGAGGACACAGGAGGUAGGUUGAUCCCCCCAGGUCAACUGACAGCUGGCCAAACCAGGAGGAAGACUGGGACAGGGAGCAGCACUCACUGUGAGGUCACUGGGCCCCUUCCUGGGGAUGCAGCUCCCAUUUCUCCCCACUGGCCCUCCCUGGGGACAGCUAGCAUGGACUCCCCCAGCACACCCAGGACCUGGUGUCCCACAGCUAGCUGAGCAUUGUGAGAAAUUGCACUCCAAACUGUCCCCCUGCCCUGGUCAUGUACCCUGAGGGCUGCCCUGGGGCAGCAGGAGAGAGCUCAGCCCUGCUUCAGAAGCCAUUGAGCAGGAAGGUGGCAUGGGGCUCCCCCUGCCUCUGCCCAUGCCCUCCCCUGUGGUGGCACUUCUUGGUCCCUUGUUACAAGAAGGAAAAUCACUACCUGCCAUCAAAAAUGCAUGGGGGAGGGGGGAAAGGGCGCUGUGUGCCCUGGGUUGCUCAGUCCCUGCCACACUGCAGUUCCACUCCCAGCUCUUGGGCUGAGGCCACCAGGGCUCAGAGGCCACCAGGUUUGGGGAAGUCCCAUGGCAAAUCCCCUCUCCAGUUUUGCCACAGCCUGUGGGUGUCACUGCAGUGGAGCCAUUAGCAAUAAGAUGAGACACUCAUCCCCCGCAAUGCUGGGGAGCCCUCAGCACCUCUGCCCUGCAGGGUGCAUCACCGCAAGGUGCUGGCAGUGUGGGGUGACCCGUGGGAUGUUGGUCUGGCUUUGCCUAUGGGCUAGCUUUGCCCACAGAGCUGGCCAGACCCCCCAUGGCCCCCCAAAUCCACACCCCCCAGCCCCAGUAUUUCUCCUGUGCUCUGAGCGGGGCAUGUCUCAAGGGCUUGGCUCUCCCCAAGCUGCAGGGCCCCAUCCAGCCACCGGCUCUGGAUGGAUCCAGCCACUCAUGCUCGGCAUGGAGAGCCGCGUCGUCACAUAAUCCCACCAUUGGCCACCCAGCCUCUGCUGCUACCCCUGCCCCCACCCCCCCAUGGGCGGCAGAGCCCAGCUCCUCCUGCACCCGGGCUAAGGGAGCCCCUGGCUCUGGUGAUGGGUGCUCAGGUCUUUGCGGGUGGUCUGUGGGGGACCCCAACAGCGACCUAUAGGGGACCCACUGGGUGCCACCAUCUGGGUGAGCAGAACCAGCCCACGGGGAGCAGGUGCCAUCCAGCCCCCCAAAAGCUGUCGCCCCCCCCCCAGACCCAGUCCCCACUCCUCAACAAGGGGCACAGGGCUCCCAGGGCUCCCAGCGGGCGUACGAGGGCUUUUGGCCCCGAGACCUGUGCCCUGCCCAGUCCCUCCCGUAUUGAAUGGCCACCCCAAAACACCAGUGUCCCCAUUUGUCCCCCACUUUGUUCUGCCGUGUGCUUCCUUCUCGGUGUGACUCUGAAAGCUACGUAGCUCCUUUUUACUGUAGAUACUGCUGCGAUCUUUGGUUUUUCUCAGCGUGUCCUUCCAGAUGAUAUAUAUAUAUAUAAAAAUACCUAUACAUAAUAUAUAUAAGGGUUGGUCCGGUCCCUGACCUUUUUGGGUUCAUUCCCCCUUGCAUUCUCGUCCAAGCAGUGCCAUGUGGUUCCUCUGGAGGUGGGUCUGGCCUUUGGUUCCUCACCUUGGUUUUGUUGGUCAGUUUGGUUUUUCUCUGCUGGUUUGUUCUUUUGAUUUUUGUUGGUUUUCCUUUUUUUCCCCAGUCACAGUGGAAUUUAACACAUUUUCCUGUCUGAGUGCAACCUGGUUUUGUCGCGGCGGCAUCAAGGCCGCAGCACUCACGAGACAGCAAUAUGUAAACCGGAUUUAACUAACCUGUUGCUGUAGAGAGGAUUUACUGUGUUGGAAAAAAACCCAACAAACUAAUAAAGAAGUUAAGAACCUUC